AUGUCUCAUGUACUGUACUCUUCAGCAGUAGGAAGUCUUAUGUUCGCCAUGGUGUGCACCAGAGAAGACAUUGCACAAGCAGUGGGAGUUGUCAAUUUUGGUGGAGACAGAGAUAAGAGAAAGUCUACAACAGAUUAUGUUUUCUCUUUAGCUAGAGGUGUUCUUAGUUGGGUGUUGAAGUUGCUGGCAAUGGUGGCAUUGUCUACUACUGAGGCAGAAUAUAUGGCAGCAACACAGGUAUCUUCGUACUCCCAGUUUCUUUUAGCUGUUAAGAAUGACGAAAAAAAUUAA